UGUAUUGCCAUUUCCAAGACACUGGAGAGUGUAACAGCUAGCUAGCUCCAGUCCUGCGUUUUGGGAUGGAUCUGUUGGAGCUCCCCACGCCGAUGAAUGAUCAUGCUGCUUCUCCCCCUUCGGAGCCCAAAGCCAAGAGCUGCGAUCUGUCCCCCGCUAUGAGAGCCAAGAUCGAACGGAACAGACAGCGGGCUGUGAUGCUGAGGCAAGCCCGCCUGGCCAACAGACCAUCGGCAGGAGAAGGGGGUGGAACCUCGGCUAAAGUCGCCAAGACAGUCGACUCUGGUGGAGGGUUCUUCAUUGAAGAAGAAGAGGAGAAGCAAAGGAAAGUGGUGCAUCAACCAGCCCCUGUGAUAAAGGUAGACUACCUGGUGUGUGAUGACUGUGACAAGUCGUUUAUGGAUUCCUACCUCAGCAACGGCUUCGAUCUGGCAGUCUGUGACAACUGCAGAGACUACGAGGUUAAACACAAGCUGAUAUCCCGUACGGAGGCUAAGCAGCUCUACCUACUGAAGGACUGUGACCUGGACCAGAGGGAGCCAGUGCUGAGGUUUGUCCUGAGGAAGAACCCACACAACCCUCACUGGGGAGACAUCAAACUUUACCUCAGGCUGCAGGUGGACAAGCGCUCCUUAGAGGUGUGGGGCUCUGAGGAGGCCCUGGAGGAGGCCAAGGAAGCAAGAGAGGAGAACAGGGAGGUGCAGAAGCAGAAGCGCUUCAACAAAAGAGUCAAAGAGCUGCGUUGUGCGGUGAGGAGAAGCAUGUGGACCAAGGGAACCAGUGCUCACCAGCACGAGUACAGCCCUGAGGAACUAGUGGAUGAAGAGGAGGAUCUCUACAGGAAGGUCUGUAACGCCUGUGGACACGAACUGACCUAUGAGAAGAUGUAGCCGUGUGUCCUUUAAACCUUAUCCCCGGGGGCCCACAGGGGAGUUAUUUUUAUAUGUGGACCACUGUACUUGACACAGGCCUUGAAGCAAGGAGGCCUACCUGAAAUCAUGUCUCAGCACAUGCCAUACACAACGCAGACACACAUCAAUAAUUCUCUCUUACAAUAUGUUGUGCUCCAGAAGCUGGUGAUUGCUGUUAUACUGUAAAAUAUGAACUGUUAAGAAUUUUAACUACCCUUUUCUAUAGACCAUUUGUAAAAUCAUGUAAUGCCAAAGAUUUGCAUGUCUGAAAUUACUUUUGAAAUUGUAAUGAAAAAUGCAUAUUUUUCCAUAAUGUGAUCACUUUUUUGCAAUAACUUGGACAUUUAGUUGGAUUACUGUGGAUGGAUAAAGACAGGAUUCAUUCUGGACCGCAGAAGAUCCGCGUUGUAGCGGUAAAAAUGAACUUGCCUCAUUAUUCUGAGGUUGGUGGUUCAAACCCCAUUUAAUAUUUUUCACAAUUCUAAAUAUUUAAAGAGAACAUUUAAAUGUUAGAUACAUUUGAGGGUCAGAUAAGAUCUGUGUUCUGUAAAUCUGGGCCCAUUUUUUCAAAAGUUAUCUGAUCGGAUUUCAGCAAUCGGAUCGGAUUAAAUGCAUAGAAAUAGAAUGACCCGAUUGCUGAAAGCCGAUCACACAAUGUUUGAAAAACUGGGCCCAGAUGAGUCAAAGCUCAACUGCUUAGCCUUCCCUGAGUAAUUAAGAAACAAUGUGAUGUUGGGAAAAUGUGCAGGUGGCUCAGUGCUUAACUGUCUUAGUACACUGAGGUUGUGGGUUCUAAUAUAGAUGUACAUUUAGUGCUUUUGACUGUACUUUAUGUCAAAUACACCAACCUGGUCUCAGAGCAUUUCGUAUUAUUCUGUACGUAAACCCGAGACACUCCAUUUCCCAUAUGUUGUAUGGUAUGCAUUCAUUUGUGAUGUCCAUCUAUUUCGUAUAUGUUAAACCCCGUGGUUCCAGAACAGUAACCAGCAGUGGUUAUGGAGGGAAACCUUUGGGAAAAAGUAGUUCCUAAGACUUUAAAAUAAUACUUUUUAGAGAGGUUUCCCUCUAUAAAACGCUGCUUUUUACAGGAGGGGAGAACCUCAGGACUUAACCCCCAUUAGUGAUCACGAUCCACCAGCGAGCGUCAAUGCAACCACACUCACAGGCUCUGCCUGGGAUAGAACCUACAACCCUGUGCUUAUACUCAGAAAGCCUCCUGAGUGGUCUAAGGCACUGCAUCGCAGUGCUAGCUGUGCCACUGGAGAUCCUGGUUUGGGUCCAGGCUCUGUUGCAGCUGACCGCGACCGGGAGACUCAUGGGGCGGCGCACAACUGGCCCAGCGUCAUCCGGGUUAUGGGAGUGUUUGGCCGGCAGGGAUGUUCCAGUCCCAUUGUGCACUAGAGACUCCUGUGGCAGGCCAGCCGCAAUGCACGCUGACAUGUCGCCAGGUGUACGGUGUUUCCUCUGACACAUUGGUGCAGCUUGGCUGGGUUGUGUUCCGGAGGAUGCACGGCUCCAAGAACACCUGGGGUUUAUUCAUUACAAAACUUUUUUUUUUUUUGCAACAGAAACCAUUUACUCAAACGUUUAGAAAAUUAAGUUUGUUCCCUUUCCGUUGUUGUUACAUUUGGUUCUUAAACAGUUUCUCAAGACUUGAACACAACCCAGGUGUGGGAGCUUGAACAGACAACAGGCCCUAAGACAACCGACAUGGGUGGAACUAGCUGGAGAAGACUACCCAGAACAGAGUGCUCUGUGGGGAGAGUCGUCGCUAGCCUAUGCAAGAGCUAGAUUCUACCAGAUGCGCUGGCCGACACCCGCGUAGCGGUUGUUUUACAGGUGUCGGAACUGUGUGAGACGUCAAAUCCACAAGCGGCUCGCGGCAUUAUACAUAUCACAUUGCUACUGGCUGCAUGGCAGUUUCGCGGGGUUCCCGACUCCUAUUUUUACAGCUCAUUUCCCACCUUGUGCGUGUGUAUGUGGGGGCGCAUGUGUGAACACGAAUGUGUGAUGUCAUCUACAUCUCAGGCUGAUAAAU